UAUUUGCAGCCUACAUUGGGUCACGCUGACUCAAAGACGAGCAGUGGGGGCGGCAAUAGCAAACCCAAUAUGCUGAGAUGUCGCACCUCCAUUCCAACCUCUGCAGAUGAGCAGCCACAUAUUGGAAACUACCGUCUUCUCAAAACCAUUGGCAAGGGCAAUUUUGCGAAGGUCAAGCUAGCUCGACAUGUUUUAACUGGAAAAGAGGUUGCUGUAAAAAUUAUAGACAAAACACAACUAAAUUCUUCUAGUUUGCAAAAGCUCUUCAGAGAAGUGCGAAUAAUGAAGGUCCUGAGCCACCCUAACAUAGUAAAAUUAUUUGAAGUUAUAGAAACAGAGAAGACAUUGUACCUUGUAAUGGAAUAUGCCAGUGGAGGUGAGGUGUUUGAUUACUUGGUUGCACAUGGAAGAAUGAAGGAGAAGGAGGCGAGAGCUAAAUUCCGGCAGAUUGUUUCUGCUGUUCAGUAUUGUCAUCAGAAGUUUAUAGUUCACAGGGAUUUGAAGGCUGAAAACUUGCUGCUAGAUUCUGAUAUGAACAUAAAGAUAGCUGAUUUUGGCUUCAGCAAUGAAUUCACUUUUGGGAACAAGCUGGAUACGUUUUGUGGCAGUCCGCCCUAUGCAGCACCUGAGCUCUUUCAGGGGAAGAAGUAUGAUGGGCCUGAAGUGGAUGUGUGGAGUCUUGGAGUUAUUCUUUAUACGUUAGUCAGUGGUUCCUUGCCUUUUGAUGGGCAGAACCUAAAGGAACUACGGGAGCGUGUGCUAAGGGGCAAAUAUCGGAUCCCUUUCUACAUGUCUACAGACUGUGAAAAUUUGCUAAAAAAAUUCCUCAUACUCAAUCCAAGCAAGAGAGGCACACUGGAGCAAAUUAUGAGGGAUCGUUGGAUGAAUGUAGGUCAUGAGGAUGAUGAGCUGAAGCCAUAUAUUGAACCAGUUCCAGAUUACAAGGAUCCUAAAAGGACAGAGUUAAUGGUAACUAUGGGUUACUCUCGAGAGGAAAUCCAGGACUCGCUAAUUAACCAGAAAUAUAAUGAGGUCAUGGCAACAUAUCUGCUCCUUGGCUAUAAGUCGUCUGAGUUGGACAAUGAGAAUUUGACCCUGAAGCCUAGACCACCUCCAGACAUCACCAACAGUACAGCUCCUUCACCUGCUCACAAAGUUCACCGUAGUGUAUCUGCUAAUACCAAGCAAAGAAGACUCAGUGACCAGGUUGGUCCCACCAUCCCUACAUCAAAUUCCUACUCAAAAAAGACGCAGAGCAACAAUGCAGAAAACAAGAGGCCUGAUGAGGAGCGAGAAAGCGGGCGCCGAUCUAGCAGCACAGUUAGAGUGCCACCUAGUCCUUUAUCUGGAUUGGAGAGGAAGAGAACAACCCCAACUCCAUCUACAAACAGUGUACUGUCCACUGGUACCAAUCGUAGUCGCAAUUCUCCUAUGCUGGAGAGAGCCAACCUUGGUCCUGGAUCAGUUCAGAAUGGCAAGGAUAGCUUCUCCACACCUGGUUCCCGUGCCUCCACCGCCUCUGCCCCAGCCACAUCAGCUCGGACUCGUUCGCAUCAGAAAUCCAUGUCCACCUCUGUGCACCCCUCAAAAGCUACACCUUCUUUGGAGGGCAGCACUGAUGCACAGAGACCAAGCAGCACAGCCCCUCAGAGACUCCCUGUUGCAUCGCCAUCUGCUCACAACAUCAGUAGUGCAGCUCCAGAGAGGACCAACUUCCCACGUGGAGUAUCCAGUAGGAGCACGUUUCAUGCCGGUCAGCUUCGCCAAGCUCGGGAUCAACAGAAUUCACAAUUUGGGGGCGUUACACCUGCAUCUCCUUCUGGUAAUAGCCAGGGUCGUCGGGGAGCAACUGGAAGCAUCUUCAGCAAGUUCACAUCCAAGUUCGUACGCAGAAAUCUGUCUUUCAGAUUUCCAAGAAGGAACCCAAAUGAACCAGAAGGGAAAGAUCGAGUGGAGAGCACCAGACCUCAUUUGACUGUUCCAGAAAAAGAUGACCUGAGGGACUCCAAGCCACGCUCAUUGCGCUUCACAUGGAGCAUGAAAACCACCAGCUCAAUGGAGCCUAAUGAGAUGAUGAGUGAAAUCUGCAAAGUGCUGGAUGCCAAUAACUGCCAACAUGAGUCACAAGAGAAGUACAUGCUGCUUUGUGUCCAUGGCUCCCCGGGUCAUGACAGCUAUGUACAGUGGGAGAUGGAGGUGUGCAAGCUUCCACGGCUCUCCCUGAAUGGUGUGCGUUUCAAGAGAAUUUCAGGCACCUCCAUGGCAUUUAAGAACAUUGCUUCCAAAAUUGCCAACGAACUUAAACUUUAACAGAGCUUAUUGCUCUGUAAGGGAUUAGAGAGACAAAAUGAGACACUUACCAGGCACCCCUCCCCAGCCUGACCAGCUCUUUUAACCAAGAGGAUGCCAGGAUUUCCAUUUUGGCUCUGUGCUGGCAUGCCCUGGAAAGGGCUCAGCGGUGAUAUAAAUGGAAGCGGGCAGGGUGCUCUGCGAUAAACUACUGCUCCUUUCAUUGGUGGUUUUGAGGGUUAUUUUAUUUGAAAUAGAUUUAUAAUGUUUUUUUGUUUUUUUUAAAGAUUGGGUUUGGGACUCAGAUUAUCUAAUAGACUGCUAAAAAGAAUAAGUCUUGUAGAAAGCGAGCUAGAAUGGUUGGCCCUUCUAUGAAAUGUGCAACUGUAUCCUACUUAAUACAGUUUUACAAAUCAGACCACAGCAGAUUUAAGGGGAAACAUCUGCCCCUUUGCUUUAUCCACAAACAGUCCCCAGCUCCUUUGUACAGAGUUUGUUAUAUAAAAAAAAUAAUGUCUAAGACACUGAACUACUAGCUCAGGGUGGCGAUACAACACAGGUACCGUGAAGACUGCUCAAUGUGGAGUAAGCUGUUGUGGGUCACUAGGUUUGGUAGGAGGAGUGGGCAUUCCGAUAUAUUAUUAUUUUCUUUUCCAUUGUUAUUUUGCCCAUCAUGUCAUAGCAUUAUGGUUUCUGUGGGAUAUAAGCUGGUUGUGCAGCUUAGUGGUGGGUACAUCUUCAGUUACUCCAUGGUACAAAAUACAGACAACAAUUCUAAUGCAAAUGUAGGUUAACAUAUUUCUGUCUAGUUUAAGUGACUCGUCUUUUCCCUUCCUUUGUAUGUUUCAUUACUAAAAAAGCGGUUAUCCAGGUCGGGGCUUUAUACAAGAGAGCAUAGGAGGUGCCCACUUUGAUUUACUCCUCCAUGUUCAGUGUUCCCACGUCUUCUCCAGCCUUGGCAGUAUGGCAGCACAUCACUAUUACAAUGUCACAGUAUACAGAGUGCACCCUUCUCCAUGCUGACUGCAGUGAUCACAAUGUACAUAUCCGUCUACAGCUAGAUUGAAAUCCAGGAAAGGAUCAGUGAAAUACUUCUUUCUUCUGAUGGAAUGAAUGGAGGCUGCCUUGCUGAGGAAAUGCCUGUGAUUCAGUACAUCCUAUCGGACUUUCCAAUAAACCCCUCAGCGGCAGUUGCAGGAUUUAUCUGUUGUAAAUAUCAAUUGGAAAUCUGUGUGACUCCCAGCUGCAGUUGAGGGGUGAAGUAGUUACCUUUGGCAUACAGGGGGUGAUUACUUACCAGAUUUGCAAUUUUUUUUUUUGUGUGAAUGAUUUAAUUGCUGUUUGGAAAAAAGAGAAGUUCUGUGACAAAGACGUUUUCUUAUUGUUUUAUUAAACCACACCUCGCCAUUCUCCGUCUCCCGUACAUGAAAGCUUUCAGCAAUACGAAACCAACGAUCUUACAUUGAUUUAUUACAGCUUACUAAUGGAAUAAAUAGCCGAAAUUUCCAGCCACUGCA